AUGGGAGCCCUGACAAGCAGGCAGAAUGCUGGUGUUGAAGAAGCUGAUGUCGUCUCUAAUCAUGCUUAUAAAUAUCCACCCAGAUCGGGCAACUACUUCGGAAGUCACUUUAUCAUGGGCGGAGAGCGGUUUGACACACCACAGCCUGAAGCGUAUCUAUUUGGAGAAAAUGCAGAUUUAAACUUUCUUGGCAGUAGACCUACACCUUUUCCAUAUCCUCCACCACAAUCAAAUGAACCAACAAAAACACUGAAGAGCCUAGUGAACAUACGCAAAGAGUCCUUACGGUUUGUCCGUUGUCCUGAACCAGUUGGUAAACUUGCAGACAACAAAAUUGGAGAUGGAAUCAUUAAAAACGUAGAUGGCAAUGGCAAGGGGACAUACUACAAUAUUGAGUUUACUUUUGACUGUGAUGCAAGAUGUGCUAUCACUGUGUUUUACUUCUGUACUGAAGAGGUCACUCCUACUGGAGUUGUUUACUAUCCACGAGAUCCGACGAUGAAUUCUCAAACGUACCACUACAAGAAAGGUGCCAACCAACAGUUCUGUCAGAUAUCACACGUGUUUGACCCAUCCAAGUACCUAGAUGAAGACCUGGUAUACAAUGCAGACAGAGAAAUUAUACCAAUAGCUAUAUAUUGUGUUGUUGAUGAGGGACAAGAAGAGAUACGCCAAUCGCACACCACAAUAGCUGUGGUAGACAGACAUUCGGACGGCACGUACGUGUUGAAGGCGCUCAAACAGAAGCUGUUCGUCGAUGGACUUUGUUACUUGCUGCAAGAGAUAUAUGGUAUAGAAAACAAGAACCUGGACACUAAGCCGAGCUCCGACGAGGAAACCGAAGACGGAGGGUCGGAGUGCGUAAUCUGCAUGUGCGACGUCCGCGACACGCUAAUCCUGCCGUGCCGGCACCUGUGCCUGUGCAACUCGUGCGCGGACUCGCUGCGCUACCAGGCCAACAACUGCCCCAUCUGCCGCGCGCCCUUCCGCGCCCUGCUGCAGAUCAGGGCGCUGCAGAGGAAGGCCGACAGCGCCACCACCGCACCCACUUCCACCACGGAUACUCCGACUAAAUCGACUAAAAGAGACCCCUCGUUGCCCUGGUGGCAGCCUAGCUCUGAGCGGUCAUCGGUACCAUGUACCAUUAGAAAUGGUAGCACAGAGAAUAUUCCAGCGGGAUAUGAGCCAGUAUCCUUGCUCGAGGCUCUAAACGGCCCUCACCCGGCGAGAUCUUUGAUGCCUGCGCGUCCUGCUCCUGCCAUCGCCAGCCCAGACACUGACACUGCUUCACAGGCAGCAGAAAUCCUAAACCGCUGCAAUCUGGAGCGCAGUUCAUCCACGAGCUUGGGGAGCAGCGGCAGUAGGAAGGCCAAGAGUGGCUCCAAGGAUGACGUGAAGAGUAUGCGUGAUCGAUCCGCCACGCAGACUGUAACGCCCGAAUUCCGUAUGUCGGUGCUGUUGGCUCGCGAGGAGGAAGCUAAGCGCGCCGAAGAGAAGGCAGCCGCCGCGAACAGCCCCCUGCUCUACAACCAUAAGGGUGUCAACGGAGACAAAAUAUCUAAGUCGUCGCUGAGUCUGGAGUACGGGGCCGACAUGGAGUGCGUGCAGGAGACGUCGGGCUCGGACGACGACGCGCGCGCCGCUCCCGAGCCCGACAGCGACGCCGAGAGACUCUCGCCCCUGCUCACACACGCCAACACCAACGGGAUCGUGAAGAGCGCAGGAAUAUCUCGCGGCUCGCCGUCGCCCGUGGGGGGCGUGGCCAUAGUGGCGGUGGGCGGGGCUGGGGGCGGGGCCGCGGCGCUGGCGCACAUCGACGACACCGACCCGGAGGAGCCCGACCAGCCGCACCACUCGAGCGGAAGUCAGUCUCGUAACGAUGUGGAGUCGCCGGCUGUCGCCGAGGACUCUGAUUAUUUCACGCCCGAAGACACCAACACUACAAUUCUGACCGUACCUAAGACGAACAAACUCUCAGAGCCGACUAAUAAUGGAGACUGUACCCCACAACGCUGGGCCCUUCCACAUCACGUCACUUCUUUACCUGGAACUCCUCUCAGCCAGUCCAGCGUGCGCUCGUCCGGCGACUCGUACAGUUCCACUUCUUCGACCCGCCAACUGCUGGCCCCGGUGGUGACCUCCCCGCUCACCACCGACACGGCGUGCUAG